AUGGCCGAGGCGGCCCCGGCGCCGGUGAGGGCGGCCCGCGCGCGCACGGACGCGCGGCCUCGGGGCUCUGGGGACGGCCUGCGUGCCCCAGGCUCGGCGGCCCGGCCUGGGGUCUCGRUCCAGCAGCAGGACAUGGAAAACCAACGCUCAUCACCUCUGUCAUUCUCGAGUGUCCCGCAAGAAGAAACCCUACAUCAGGCCCCAGCUGGACUCCCCAGAGAAACUCUACUCCCAUCCCGAAUUCUUCCCCCCAAAGAAAUUCCUUCUUUGUUGCCUACUGUUCCCCGGCAAGGCUCCCUGCCCCAAACUUCCAGUGCUCCCAAGCAAGAGACUUCUGGCCAGAUGCCGCAUAUACCCCAGAARGGACCGUCACUCCUGUAUCCUGCCACUUCUGAACAAGAGACGCAUCUCCAGGGCCACCUGGCUUCCCAGGAAGAGACCCAGUAUCCUGCUGACCAGGAAAUCUCCCUUCUCUCCCACUCCGCCCACCAUCAGGAAGCCCCACUCCACUCCCCUGAAGUUCCUGAGAAAGACCCCCUGACUCUUUCCCCCACAGUCSCUGAGGCUGACAUGGACCCCCUGCUCCAGAGCCCAGCUUCCCAAAAGGACAUCCCCUUCCAGGUCUCUUCUGCAGCCCAGAAGGAACAGCCACUGCCCACAGCAGAGAUCACCCGCUUGGCCGUGUGGGCUGCUGUCCAAGCUGUGGAGAGGAAACUGGAGGCCCAGGCCAUGAGGCUACUGACCCUGGAGGGCAGGACGGGGACAAAUGAAAAAAAGAUAGCCGACUGUGAGAAGACGGCCGUGGAAUUCGCAAACCAUCUGGAGAGCAAGUGGGUCGUGCUGGGGACCCUGCUGCAGGAGUAUGGGCUUCUACAGAGGCGCCUGGAGAACAUGGAAAACCUGCUGAAAAACAGAAAUUUCUGGAUCCUGCGGCUGCCGCCAGGGAGCAAUGGAGAGGUUCCCAAGGUCCCUGUCACAUUUGAUGACGUCGCCGUCCAUUUCUCGGAGCAGGAGUGGGGAAACCUAUCUGAGUGGCAGAAGGAGCUCUACAAGAAUGUGAUGAGGGGCAACUAUGAGUCUCUGGUUUCCAUGGGUAAGGACCAGGCUUUCCUCACCAGGGCCGCCUUGGCAUCGGUGCAUGACCGUGUUCUGGAUUCUCUCCCCCUCCUCCUCUCAGCACAUGAUGGCAUCGUGAUUAAGAUCGAGGUACAGACCAACGACGAGGGCUCAGAAAGCUUGGAGACACCAGAGCCCCUAAUGGGACAAGUGGAAGAACAUGGCUUUCAGGACUCGGAGCUGGGUGACCCCUGUGGAGAGCAGCCAGACCUGGACAUGCAGGAACAGGAGAAUGCCCUGGAGGAGUCCACGGAGGGCUCAGGCGAGUUCAGCCAGCUCAAGCAGAUGCUGGUGCAGCAGAGGAACUGCACAGAGGGGAUCGUGAUAAAGACAGAGGAACAGGAGGAGGAGGAGGAAGAGGACGACGACGAUGAACUGCCGCAGCACUUGCAGUCCCUUGGGCAGCUGUCUGGGAGGUAUGAGGCCAGUAUGUAUCAGACCCCGCUGCCUGGGGAGAUGUCCCCCGAAGGCGAGGAUAGCCCCCCACCCCUGCAGCUGGGAAACCCGGCGGCGAAGAGGCUGGCGCCCCCCACGCAUGCGCACUCGCACUCCCACUCGCACUCGCACUCCCACUCCCACUCCCACGGUGAGCGGCACCUGAACGAGAACCGCGGGGCCUCCAGCCAGCAGCAGCGGAACCGGCGCGGCGAGCGGCCCUUCACCUGCAUGGAGUGCGGCAAGAGCUUUCGGCUGAAGAUCAACCUCAUCAUCCACCAGCGCAACCACAUCAARGAGGGGCCCUACGAGUGCGCCGAGUGCGAGAUCAGCUUCCGGCACAAGCAGCAGCUCACGCUGCACCAGCGCAUCCACCGCGUGCGCGGCGGCUACGCCUCGCCGGAKCGCGGGCCCGCCUUCAACCCCAAGCACGCGCUCAAGCCGCGCCCCAAGUCGCCCAGCUCCGGCAGCGGUGGCGGCCCCAAGCCCUACAAGUGCCCCGAGUGCGACAGCAGCUUCAGCCACAAAUCGAGCCUGACUAAGCACCAGAUCACGCAUACUGGCGAGCGGCCCUACACGUGCCCUGAGUGCAAGAAGAGCUUCCGCCUGCACAUCAGCCUGGUCAUCCACCAGCGCGUGCACGCCGGCAAGCACGAGGUCUCCUUCAUCUGCAGCCUGUGCGGCAAGAGCUUCAGUCGCCCGUCGCACCUGCUGCGCCACCAGCGGACUCACACGGGCGAGCGGCCCUUCAAGUGCCCUGAGUGCGAGAAGAGCUUCAGCGAGAAGUCCAAGCUCACCAACCACUGCCGCGUGCACUCGCGCGAGCGGCCGCACGCCUGCCCCGAGUGCGGCAAGAGCUUCAUCCGCAAGCACCACCUGCUGGAGCACCGGCGCAUCCACACGGGCGAGCGGCCCUACCACUGUGCCGAGUGCGGCAAGCGCUUCACGCAGAAGCACCACCUGCUGGAGCACCAGCGCGCGCACACGGGCGAGCGGCCCUACCCCUGCACGCACUGCGCCAAGUGCUUCCGCUACAAGCAGUCGCUCAAGUACCACCUGCGGACCCACACGGGCGAGUGAGCGUGCGCCCCGCCGCCGCCCCUGCCAGGUGCGCGGGCCCAGCCCCCUGGGACACCUGCCUGGGCCGCACCAGGCCCGAGCCCAUCGGGCGGGGGCGGGGCGCCCCGAGCCCUCUGCUGUGAGCCCCCCUUCCCCUUUCGUCCCUCCUCCCAAGGACGCUGGGUAGUGAGACCUGGUCGCUUGCUGCCUGUUCCCCCUGGGCCUCUGUGGGGAGAGUGUGGGCCUGGGGAACCCCUUCGGGCUGUUAAUUUCCUUGACAAUAAAAUGGAUGAAAUCAAUCAGCACGGGGGGAGUGAUUUGGCUGCCGGCCACUCGGAGGGAYGGUGCAGGGCCAUUUAGUUGGGGAUAGAAGUUUAUAAUUACCUUUUGGAUACUGUGGUUCUAUUUGAUAAUAAUAGAGUAAUUUUUAAAAGACGAGCGUUUCCUGUUUGCCGUUUUUGUUUGGUUUUGAAGGGGAGGGGCAGAGAAGGUGGCCCGAGGGACAUGUGCGUAGUGUCAGUUGACAGGCCUUAUGAGUCCCUUCUGCGUGCUCAUUCUCCACGUUGGGUGGAGAAGGAGAAAUAGCUCUCUCUGAUUGUAAAAUCAAAACAGGGGACAGCACUGACCAGCCUGAAGAAGUAGCAGAGAAGGGAAGAGUAGACUCCUGGCUGCCGAGCUUCCUGCGUGCCCUAGUGCCCACUGGACUGUGGGAGUUCAGGAUGGCAUAGGGCCCAGUUGACUAGAUGAUGAGGGAGAGUGACAGUGGGGCACGCGGGUCCUAAAGCAAAGCUGGGCACCUUCCUCAGGAUCCAACUUUGCUGCCCAGCUUGAAAUGCAGCUGGCAGAGGAGUCAGUGGUGGGAGCGAACAGCUGUAGGGAAGGGUUACAGAAGCCUCGGUGCCACCCUUUGGGGAGGCCACAAAAGGCACCAGUCAAAACACUGU